AUGUGUACAUCCCCGACUCUGACUGCUUCGGCAGAGGGGACGCUCACCGAAGUGUCCCGCCGAAGGAUACCCGGGGCCAUUGACUUCGACUUCAGGGUACUCCGGGCCUUCCUCACGCUCCACGACGAAGGACUCGUUAAGAGCCUGUCACAGGACACCACCUGCGGCCCUCCAGGAAUUUGGCAGCCUUCUUUAGGGCACCAGCUGCUUUCCUAUUGGCCGCCAACAAACCGUUUUACCCAAGCCCAUUCCCCCUUGGAACAUUUCCUUAACCCUUCGCUGCUACCAGAGACACAAAUCCUAAGAUUCCAAGUUGGCACAGAUCUCCCAAUAAAGUUUCGACCCCGAGCAAUCGCGCUAAUAGGUUUAAUGAAAGCAAUUUCGGCACUUACGAGAUAG